GAGAUCCCGCCCCGCGCCGCUCCCGGCACCCACCGGGCCCAGCGAAAGGCGCGGAGCCGGGAGAGAAGGAAAUAAACGGCUUCUGAUACGGGGAGCGCGAUGAAAUUCCCUUGUCUUUCCUUCCGACAGCCCUACGCAGGGCUGGUUCUAAACCAAGUCAAGACGGUAGAGACUCGCUGGCGUCCUUUCCUAAAGGCCUACAAGAAUCGCACCAUUGCUAUUCAUAUAGCUGUUAAGGACUGGGAAGAUGAGACAUGGAGAGACAUUCUUCUGAAUAGGCUCGGCAUGACACCGAAACAACUGGAAGAGUUGUUGGACGAAGGGGAAAAAUUUGGCAGACGAGUUAUUGCGGGCUUAAUUGAUCUUGGAGAGACAUCACUAUAUCCAGAAAACCCGUCUCCUGAAGAGAUUCUGGAGCUGGAAAACAAAGCUGUCCUCAGUAAUCUAGAACAGAAGUACCUGACUGUUGUUUCAAAUCCCAGAUGGCUUCUGAAACCAAUUCCAGCCAGAGGGCAGAAAGGGGUGUGGAGUGUGAAUAUCCCUGAAGAACUGAUCCCUUCAGAAUUGUAGGUGUUGCCCCUUAUUAUUAUUUUUCCUGCCUAAAUGCAGAUUUGUAUUUCAGAUACUGCCUUGUGAUUACAUCAGCAUCUUAUUCAGGUUCUAUUCCAAGACUAUUUGAAAUGGCAAAUAAGUUUAUAGAACUGCAUUUUUGAGGCAAAACAAGUAUUAAUGUUUUUCUAGACUUUUCUUGUUUAUACAACUAAGUAAAUGCCAUUUUGAAAAUGUAUAGUUAUGGAUUGUGUGCCAAUACAAAUGUUAAUUAAAAUGAUUUUUUGAUA